GCAUCAGUCUUCAAGAUGACUUCCAAGCUUAUUGUCCUCGCCUGUCUCUUGGCUGUCGCACACUCGCGUGUGAUCGAUGUAUUGCGUCGAAACGGCCACAUCAGUACCCGGGUAAUAGGUGGUCACGACGCCAAACCCGGCGAGUUCCCUCACCAGGUGUCCCUGCAAUUCGGCAUCCCGGAAGUCAUGCCUUCGACCCACUUCUGCGGUGGUAGCAUCCUGAACGAACGCUGGAUCCUGACGGCGGUGCAUUGUCUGGAGGCCAUGGACGAAAUAGGUUACUUGGGUCACUUCGUCGUCAAGGCUGGUAAACAGAACAUAAGUCGAGUCGAGGAGACCGAGCAAGUGUCCUUCGUUGAGAAGUACUUCAAGCAUGAGAAUUACACGGGAACCGAAGAAGAACCAGGUACCUCCGACAUCGGCCUCAUAAAGCUCAAGACACCUCUGAAACUGAACGAGCGAGUGGCCAAGAUAGCCCUUCCCAAGAAAGACAGUGAGCCCACAGGCCAGGCAAUUUUGUCCGGCUGGGGUGCAAUCAGCGAUAACGGUGAAAAUCAGGAUCAUCCCCAGAUCCUCCAGACGGUCGACCUGCCAAUAAUCAGCCGCAAGGAAUGUCGUCAGGCGAUAGCGACAAUCAUUCCAGGAACCGAAAAUCUCGUGGACGAAACCAACGUUUGCACUGGACCACUCACCGGAGAACACUCCGCUUGCAGCGGUGACUCGGGUGGUCCGCUGAUAGUGAAGAACAAGAACGGCGUAGCUAAGCUCGUCGGAAUAGUGUCCUGGGGCAUGUCUCCUUGCACAGCACCAGGUGCACCGUCUGUCUACGUCAGGGUUUCUCACUUUAUCGACUGGAUCACGCAGAAGAUGACCAGCAACUAAAUUACAAUGUCAAUAGAAGAUGACAACAGAGGCUAUAAUUAAUUCGUAUUAUUAAGCGUAUCGACGCGAUUAUCCAUCAAUUAUUUCUGACGUAAUCUAAUCGAUGAUUCACAGCUUUACACUUGAGAUUAUCUGAACGAAUCAUAUAGAAAUGUAUAACUACACAACUUACUCAGAUGUAAACACCCACAUUAAAAAAAUAAAAUAUGUUUUACUAAA